UUAUGUCAAAACCGUCAAAACUUCAGCGGCAUUUGCAAAGGAAGAAAAUCGUGUCGUUUUGUAGCGUUUUAUUUUAAUCGAAAGUGAUUUUCCUUGUAUUUUACAUCGUGAUCUCCUCUUUAAAGAAAACAUUGUAAAACCAAAAUUGAAUUACUUUUAUUGUACGUGAAAGUGCGUUCAACAAAGGCUUGGUUGUUUACGGAAUCUUCAUCCCCCCACCGAAUCAGUAUUUUACUGCAAGAGAUCAAUCAACCUGCUUGUGAUAGUUUCCAGAUUUUCCAGACGGCGGCGGUCUGCGUAAAAAAGUAUUUUCCUGAUAUCGAUUUAAUAAACUCCAAGGAUUAGUGUACUUGUCCGUUAGUUUUACCAGUGUGUUAUUUGUGAUUGUGUGAUUUUGGAAGCAAAAGAACGACAGGAUGGAGGCGACCAACAACGGAGAACGGCAUCCGGCCGAACUGAAAAAACAGAUGCGGGAGGAUAAACAAAGGGAGGCUAAGAUACAGGAUCAGUUGAACAAACAAUUGAAUGGUUUGACGCUUGAAGAAAAAUUCAAUCUAGUUCACAAGCGACUGAUAGAAUCGGAGAAGGAGAAUAAACGAUUGGUGCAGCUGCACAAGCAAUACGAGCGCAGCAUGGAAGCCACUAAAAAGGAACGCGAGAAUAUGAUUCUCGAGCAUAGUAAGACGGCCAAUACCAAGAGCAAACUGGAACAACUAUGCCGGGAGCUGCAAAAGCAAAACCGAAUGAUCAAGGAUGAAAGUCUGGCCCGGAUCAAGGAAGAAGAGGAGAAACGCAAAGAGUCGCAGACAAAGCUUCAAAAAUCAUUGAACGAAAUUCAGACCGUGAUGGACGAGAACAAUCAGAAGAAUCUUCAACUGAAGGAGGACAAUAUGGAGAUGGCCAAAAAGUUUAAAUUUAUCCUCGAACAGUACGAGCUAAGAGACCAACAGAUGGACAAGAUGAACAAGCAGAUGGAUUUAGUGACACAACUCAACGAGGCCAAACUCGCCAAAGCGAACAUGGAAACUGCUGCAGAGAAGGAGAAAUUCCUGGCGGAAAAGGAAAUUAUAAUCAACGAACUGACCAAAGUCAAAAAACAACUGGCAGAUUUGCAAAUGGUAGAGGUGCAUCUGCGCGAACAGGUUAAUAUGUAUUCGGACAAAUACGGCGAGUUCCAGGAUUCACUUAAGAAGAGCCACAACAUUUUUGUCGGCUAUAAAGGCGAUAUGGAGAAGAUGUCUAAGAAAAUCAAAACCUUGGAAAAGGACACCACUACCUGGAAAUCCAAGUGGGAGAGAAGCAAUGCGGCUCUGAUAGACCUCAUGUCAGAGAAGCAGGUUCGCGACGAGCACAUCAUGAAAACCGCUCGCCAACUAUUCCAGCUUCAGAAACUUUGCCGAACGCUACAAAAUGAACGAACAGCAUACUUCAAAGCCUUGGAGGAGAACAAUCUGGAGAUUCCUCAAAUUGUAGAGGUUCCCUGUCAAAUGCCUGAACCGGAAACUCUGCCGGUCCCCACCAAGAAGCAAGAGGAUCGUCUCGAAAUCAUGACCAAGAACUGUUCGGCGCUGAAGGAGAAUCUUGCCGCCCUACAAGGCCAACUCAGUGCAAUCCAGAUUGCAGAAGCGAAAAAAGACGAACCAGUAGCUGUAAAUGGGCAGACACAGCCACAAGGCAAAAAAGGGAAAAAGGAUAAAAAAGGCAAGGGUGGGAAAGCAGCGGAACCUGAACCACAAACCAAACAGGAAGUAAAUGAAGUGCAAAGCAACAACACAACGAAACAGGAAGCGGUUCCUGCGGUUGAAAGUACGAUCCCACCUGUUCCGGAAGCACAAAUGAAUCCCACAGUCGACGUCGCUUCGUCGGAAGAGUUAAAGCCAGAGACUGCCCAGUCAGAGAAAUCUGACAUCAUCGAAUCAAAGGAAGUACAACCACAACCAUCGGAAUCAGUGCAACAAGCUGAUGUAGUACCAGCAGUCGUCACGUAAAAUGUUUGGACGGAUGUUUAGAGCAUGCAACGUCGUCAAAGCGGUUGAUUAAAAAUCAUUCUAUUACUUGUGAGUCUCGAGUCGCUAAAUGUGUACCAUAUCAAAACGAGACAUUAAAACAAACUAAGGAACUGCGCUCUCAUUGUACUUCUUACGUCGAUAAACAAUCAAAGACCAGUGAACCCGAGUGUCCGGGUUGACAAAUACUUAUUUAUUAAUCGUGUCCCCUCUACGUGAACGGAAGAAAAUAGAUAGUUUUGAAACAAG